GGAGCGAGUUAUACUAUUGUCGUUUUAGCAAUACAUGUUUUAUAUGUGAUUUAUUCCAUUCUUCAAAGGAUUAUGUGAUGGCAUUGUCAAUAAUUAAAUGCAUUACUAUAUUCGAGGUUAUUUAACAAACGCGGAAAGCUUAACGACAACGGCGCUACAGGUUUAACACGUAGAUGGCUGAUCGAACUAUGGUACAUACAAUAUAAAAAUCGAGAUAACCUCAUGACAUGACAGGACGUCUGUGGUGGAACACGUUAUGCAACAGAAUGGGAAAGAUAGGCUCCAUUGUAACGUCUUAUAAGUCAUUGAAACCCAUUAAAAUAGUUUGCUGGUUAUUCCUUGCAGUUUGGAUUAUUUUAACGUGGAAUACACUACUUGACAACCACGUGUACGUAAAUAUGUCUCCCUCUAUCGCACGCUUUCGAGAAGCUCAAACCAAUUCCAACGAUUUCUUCACAGAAUAUGAUACCGAACAAUUCAAUAUCAUGUGCCGAGGUGUAGAUGUAGUAUAUAUGACCGAAACAACGAACGCCGAUUACUCAAAACUGGACGUUUACGAACAAAGGGUGACGAAUGAAUACAUACUCAACGUUAGAAUCAAGGCAUUCAAUAAAAGAAACGAACACAAAACAAGAGGGGGUGAUCUUCUGUUUGUACUUUCCAAACAGGUUUAUGGUGAUGGAAAAAUGGCAAGUCCUGUGAUCGACCAUGACAACGGUACUUAUUCCGCUCAUCUUAGAUUUCCUUGGACAGGUACAACAAAGGUUUGGGUUAAUUUAGCGACAAAACUUGAGAACAGCUGUUUGAGAUUUCAAACCAUGAAAGCAUACGGGACAUCUGUGUUCGCAAUGACAGAUGUUUGGGGAUUCAAAGCGAAUUUCGCCAAUAAAAAUAACGUAGAAAAUACGUAUUGCUUGCCAAGUGAAACAAUAUUCGGAUACAAAAGCGCCUGUAAUUUAACGAUGCUUAACGAUAAUUUGCAUUAUUUUUGUGGUCUUCCAUAUAAUUCUCAUUUACGAUGUGAAGAUCUGCAAUACACAUACACUGGAUCAUUUGAUGGAAUGAGAAUUAUCAUCAACUCCGUAAAAGUGGAUCUUUCUGUGGCAGGGAAACUGUCCAGAGUCGUCAUUAUUGAUGUACCACGGGCAGAUCACUUUGCUGCUAAGGAAAUUUCCCAUUGCAGCAAGGUCCCAAAAGCCUUGACCUGGCAAAAUAUAACCGAUCGUGUCGCCGGGUAUUGGCUCAACAAAACAUGGCAUGUUCCUAUUUGCGAAUCGAAUAUAGAACAUACAGUUGAAAAAUACCGACAUUGUUUAAAAGGACGAGAGAUGUUUUUCUUUGGGGAUUCUACUGCUAGACAAUAUGCCGAUUACUUUGUAAAUGAGGUAUUAGAAAAAAGACCGAAAAUAGAUCUCCGCAUGCUGAUGUUUGGACACAACACGUACAAUUGGCGAAAUACAUUCUCCAGUUUAAACAUUAAUGUGACCUUUUUAAAACACGCAAUGCCUUUUUCCGGUGACAAGGUACCUGUAAACGGAGUCACUUCCGUUUACACAGAAUUAUCGCGGCUAAGUAAAACAGAUAUUCCGGGUGAACAAUUGAUCUUUUUUAUUGUUUACCAUUCUCAUUUGCAGCCAUUUCCUGUUUCUUUUUACAAGGACAGAAUUCGUAAACUUGUCAUCAGCAUUAAAGAUUUUUUAUCAUUAAAACCUAAAGCUUUAUUUUUUCUAAAAAGUCCAAGUUACGUCAUGGAUCAAAGUAAUCGAUGGGUUGACAACAAAAUGUCAUUACUUUACAUAAAAAUUUUGCUACAAGAGUUUGAAAGUCUACAUGACAGAGUUGUCUACCUCGACACGUGGUCCAUUAACGUCAUACAUGAGACAAUCAGUAUUCAUCCAGAAACCGAGACUUUGAUGGCCCAAAUCAAACACUUCAUGUCAUUUAUUUGUUAAAUAACGUUCGGAUAGCCUCUCGAUCAGUGUGAAUCCCUCUCGCUUUGCAUUUCACUUCUCUUUGCGGUGACCCCCGAAUUAAUACUUGUUUAUGUUUAUUGUUCAAGCGUAUGUAUUUCCCCUGUAUUGUAUAUGCAAAUGGUCCCUCAUCUCAAAUAAAUGACUGCAAGAGAAUGUCGCCCCUGAUAAUGUCUCUGGAGUGUUUUUUUCUAAAUUAAGUUCUGUGUGUAUGACUUGAUAUGCAUGAUUAACGAAUAUGAAUGUUAUAUGAAUGUAUGAAUCACUAUAUGGCAAACAUAAAAUGUAUGCACAAAAAGUUAUGUUCCAUCAUAUUUAUGUCUUACAAGAGUAUUUGUUUGGCUAACGGAUCUCAGGAAGCAAAGGUUAAACCCUAUCAUUGAUUAAUUCAGGCUUUAGUUCUACAUUUAUAUAUAAUUAAUAAAACGUAUAUUUCAAAUUUUCGAUGAAAUCCGUAACACACUUAUUUUAAUUGAUCGAUUUCCAUAGACGUAGCUUUAUUAAAAAAAUAUUAAGGUUCUUUUGGCGUGUUUUAAUAGCAAACAGAAAUUCGUUGCAAAAUCUUAAUUUUCUAAGUGCAUAUUGCCUUUUUCUAAAUAUGUUAAUAACUCCAUUUAAGUUUUCAACUUUAAUAAAAACGUGCGUAUUUAAGGAAACUGUGUAUGAUGUUUUACUAGAACGUGUCGAUUGAAGGUGAACUUUUGAUGAUUUGUUAGGUAUUUUGUGAAGCGCGUGUGUGCCAUUUGGAAUGUUAAUUUACAUUAUAUUAUUAUCUAGGUUAUGUUAAAAAGUGUGUACGUCAUUGACCAUCUGUUUAUAUAUUGUGUUAAAUUAUGUGUUUACUCACGGGCAUAAAGCCUGAUGUAUGUUGAAAUAAUCUCUGAAUAUUAUAAAUGCUUUAAAAAUGGAUUGUUAUAUGGCAAUAUUAGAACUAAUAAUGAUGUCUGUUAUUGCUUUAAAUGUACGAUGUUAUUUGUUCUUAAUGAAAUGACGUCCGUAUAAUACAAAUUAAUAUUUUUUUUGUUGAAAAUAAAAAUCUUGGAA